AUGCCGCGCGGCUUCCUCGUCAAGCGCAGCCGGCGCCCCGGCGGCUCCUACCGGGCGCGCCCGCGGGAGCGGGACGCGGACCGGGACCCGCCGCCCGCCCCGCCGCCGCCGCCCCCGCCGCCCGCCGCCGGGGGCAGCCCCGCCGCCAGGCAGGGGGCGGAGGAGGAGGAGGAGGGCGAGGAGGAGGAGGGCGCCGCCGCCGCCUGCCCCGCGACGUGGCCCCCCGGCGGCGGCUGCGGCGGCCCCGGGCUCGCCCCGCCGGAGGGGCCGGCCGCCUGGGGGGCGGCGGGGCCCUGCAGCGCGGCGGGGCCGCGGGCGGCUCUUUUCGAGCGGUGCCUCAGCUCGCCCGCCUCCGCCGAGUCCUUCCCCCUGGCCGCCUCCUUCCCGCCCGCCGAGAAGCUGCUGCUGCAGCCCCGCACGCCGCUGCCCGCCCCGCCGCCGCCGGUGCCCGCGCUGAAGCGGCCGUCGCGGGCCAAGGCGCCGGCCAAGAAGGCCAAGGCGACGCGGAAGCUGAGCUUCGCCGACGAGGUGACCACCUCGCCCGUGCUGGGGCUGCGCAUCAAGGAGGAGGGGCCCGAGGGCCGGCCGGGGCCGGGGCCGCCGGCGGGGCGCACGCCGCUGGGCGAGUUCAUCUGCCAGCUGUGCAAGGAGCAGUACGCGGACCCGCUGGCGCUGGCCCAGCACCGCUGCUCCCGCAUCGUGCGCGUCGAGUACCGCUGCCCCGAGUGCCACAAGAUCUUCAGCUGCCCCGCCAACCUGGCCUCCCACCGCCGCUGGCACAAGCCGCGGCCCGGCCCCAGCGCCGACGGCUCCGCCGCCGCCGCCCCGCCGGGCAAGGAGAACAGCCCCGAGCGGCGGCCCCGCGGCCCCGCCGCGCCGCCGCCGCCCCGUCAGCACCGCGGCGGCGCGGACAGCGCCGGCGGCGCCCCGGCCCCCCCCGGCCCCGGCCCCGCUGCCGGCCCCGCUGCCGCCGCCGGCCCCGGCGGGGAGGCGUUCGCCUGCCCCUGCUGCCAGAAGCGGUUCCGGCGGCAGGCCUACCUCCGCAAGCACCUGGGCACGCACGGGGCGGCGCGGCCCGCCGCCUACGGCCCGCCGGAGCGCGGGCAGCUCGCCUUCGCCUGCCACCUCUGCGGCGCCCGCUUCCCCUCGGCGGACAUCAGGGACAAGCACCGGCUGUGGCACGCCGUGCGGGAGGAGCUGCUGCUGCCGCCGCCGCCGCCGCCGCCGCCCGCCGGGCCCCCCGAGGGCGGCGCGGCGGGCGGCGAGCGGCAGGGCUUCCCCUGCAAGCACUGUCCCGCCACCUUCUUCAGCGCGCCCGGGCUGGCGCGACACGCCAGCAAGUGCCACCCGCCGGAGGGCAGGCAGGUCCUGCUGCUCCAGGUGCCCGUCCGGCCCGGCUGCUAGGCCCGCGGCGCCCCACGAUGGGAUUGCUCCGGGAGCCCGGGCCAGCCGAGCCAGUCCUGUCCACGCUGUAAUUCCUAUGGAAAGUCGCGGUACUCACGGCUACGAAGGCGGAGGAGCCGCCCGCGGAUUCCCCCCCCCGCCUCUCCGGCCGGUGGGCAGCGAAACUGCUCUCCCGUACCCGCACGGCAGAAGGUUUAGCCGACGGGGCGGUACCGCCGCCUCCGCUGCUCCGGCCGGCGGCGUCGGUGCCGAGCCCCGCCGGGGAGGGAAGGAGCGGGGGAGGCACAGCGCGGCCCCUCGGCUGCCCGCCGGGGCGGCCGGAGGAGGGCUGGCGGGGGGCGCGGAACGGCCCCGUGGGGUGGGUACGGCCCUGGGCUGACGGGAGCAGGCGGGGAGCCGGGCCCGGCCAGCAUCUGCCGGGAUGCGCACAACGCCGGGGAGGCGGGCGUCGGGCCGCUGAGGGUACGUCUUCCGUAGCCGCUCUCGGUCCCGGGGCAGAAGUACAGCUGUACAUACGAUAUUUAAAGAGAGGAAUUAUUUUUCGUGAGAAAAGGAGCCUUGAUCUAGUGACCUUGUUUUAAUAGCCUUAGCCCCCGAGCUUCAACACUUAAUUUAUUGUGAGGUGUUUUGUUUGCUGUACUCUGUACUAAGAUAGUCGAGAAGGUAAAUGUUCAUAUUGAGUCAAUGUCAAAGUCAUAUAAUAGCUAGCAAAACGUAUGGAAAAUUAAUCGUGCUGUCUGCUUAAUUAAGAUAACGAGGUGUUGGUCUUCGAUAGCUAAGUACGCAUCUCCCGCUUACUCGGUGUUUCUGUACUCUAGCGACCGUGUAGUAGGCAAAACGCACAUCUCCGGCAGCUGCCCGGUCCAAACCCUGCGCUCUUCGUGGUUUGUUAGUGUGGCAGGACAACAGCAAGAAGCGCAGUUGGGCCUCUCUGGGCCACGCAGCGUGUGGCCCUGCCAGCCCCGGUGCCGUGGGCAGGCAGAGGGUCCCUGUCCGGCCUCCGGCCCUUCUCCCCUGUGAGCCGCGCUGUUGACAUGAGCUCCUCCGAGUCUUGUGAGCAGUUGAAAUUAGAACACGGAAGUCUUUCGGUAUGUUGCUGAAGCGCAGAUGACAGGCUACCUUCCUUCUCCCUAACCAGACCUACCUUAGGAAAGCAACCCACGGUGUGUAUUCCCUGGCUUUUAACGGUGGUCUGGCCAAAUGCUUUGAAAUACUGUCGCAUUUACCAGCUACUGACAU